AUCGAUCGCGUCAAAUAUAUCGUCAAAAAAUAAUUAAACACCUUAAAGCUAAACAGUAAACAGGAAGACCUAAUUAACAACAGAAAUUCGAUCAUGAUUCUAAUAAUAAGCUCAUUGGAGCCGAGGAUCUACGUUUGAAUGUCAGGCUAUUUAUACUGAUGAGAAAGUUCGAGUUCCAUCAAUGAUCGGUGUCGAUGUUUGUUUCAGGGAUGAGCCUUACUAUCAAAACAAAAGGAAAUAAAUUCAGGACCCUUUUUGAAAAGUUUAUAACAUUUUAAACGGUUAUGGCGCAGUGGUUGACCGUGAGGGUACUUGACCACUUACCUAAUGUGGGUUCGAAUCCUGCGAUUUUUUUUCUUAGGUGCAUUCCCAUCACGUUAAAUACGAAGAUAAAUAGAUACUUCGACUUUAAUUUAAUGGCUCAUAUUAAAGGGGGAAAAAGUUUAAAUUAUGUUUUUUUAGUUCGUAGUUUUUUUUUUCCUAAUUAUUUUUAGGGUCCACUUCAGUGGAUCGAUAGGUAUUGCUCCGAUUCAUACGAAAAUAAUAAGAACAUGCGCUGAGGCAACCAUAUAGCAUUUUACAAUAGGAAGUAGUUGUCUAUAAAAGCAUUUGGCACAGUCUUCGUGCAGCUCAGUCGUUCUGAUUGUUUACUUGAGUUCUCACGUCGCAUAUAAAACAUGGAGUUUCCACGCAUCUGUCCAGCUCGGUGGCUAUCAGACGAUGGCUUCGGUAUGUGCGGAAGACGAGACUACCUGUGCCCCUUCUACGACAUGCAUUCGAACUAUUUUCGACCUUGGAAACUGUAUGAUAACCAAAGCGUUUCCAAGGAAUUCGGAUCCACAAUAGAAAACGAGAAAGGUAACUAUAAAAUAACGCUCGAUGUUCAACAUUUUCGCCCGAGCGACAUCAGCGUGAAAGUGACGGACACCGAAAUUAUAGUGGAAGGGAAACAUGAGGACAGACCUGACGCGCACGGAUUUAUCUCACGACAGUUCAGAAGACGCUAUCCCCUGCCAAGUAACUGCCCCCCGGAGAACGUGACUUCAUCAAUGUCUUCAGACGGCGUUCUCACCAUCAUUUCGGAGAAGGUAUCUAAGGGCGUAGAAAAAAUUGUACCAAUCAAGAUGUGUGGAACGAUUCCUAGAAAAACCCAGAUCGAGACUAAAACUACUUCAGAAGUUACGCAAAAUUCUUUCAAGGAAAAUAACAAGGAUAUCGAAGACAAGGCCUGCAGCUUAAAUAAAACCCAAAUAUUACACAAAGAAGAGCACAGUCGUCUCCUGAAACCUGAACUGCUCAAGGAAGCAAUCUCCGAUACAAAUGGUGAGAAAAUGUCGUCUAAACAAGUUAUUGAAAUCACGAGCACAACACCUGAAAAGAAAGCCACUCCGGAUAUCGGCGCCACAUCCAACAAAAUUGAGGAAACCAUAGCUAAAUCGAUAAUGGGGUUGUCGGAAUUGACUGAACAAUUAGGACAAAGAAGUUUGGCAUCAACUUCGGAUUCCUGUGCAAUGAAAAGCUCAACCAAUUCGUCAAAGACACUAAUAGAAGAGAGUUCAUCAUCGUACAAGUCAUCUUCAACAAUGUGUUCAACAAUAAAGACCAGUGGGAAGAUUGGUGAAUAUGUUAGCGACAUCAUCAGUGCUGAAUUGAAAGAGGCUGCUGAAAAUGUAUAAAAUGUCACCUUUUUUUUAUAAUAAUAUUUAUUACUUAACUAUAAAAGUUUUUCUUACUUUCAUUACAAAUUGCAAUCUUAAUUUAUUUUAAGUUUAAGUAAUUGGUUUGUUAAUUUAUUAUAUCAUUAGCAUUA